GAUCGUAUGCCAUACGUGGCCGGUGGCCGGCGAUAGUGGACGGAGAUAGCGGACAGAGCUUUCAAGUUUCAACUUUCAUUUCUGUACAUGAAGGUUAUCGGAAAGCGGCGGUUCUCAUUAUUCCCACGUGCCUAGAACACACAUUUUCUCGCUUCUAUAAUACUAUAACUUUGCCUCAAUGCCGACUAUCAUAUCCAUAGAGUAUAGAGCACACAUUUUUUAAAUUCUCUCUCAUCUCUCUCUCUCUCUCUCUAUAUAUAUAUAUGAUUGUGCCAGCGAAAAGAAGAGAAAGUGGAACAAGGGUGGGGACGAGAGCCAUUGCAAAGAUAGAUAAGUUAAGGGCUCCACCAACGGCUAGAGACUGAAGGAAUCUAUUUUACAAGCAAGGAUAGAAGAAGAUGAGUAGAUGGAGGGCGCAACAUAAAAGGCUUGAUCAAAUGCGGUCAUUCAACGUGCUUCUUCAGACUUUGUUAGAUCAUGCUGCUCCAACAUCAUUUCUAUACAUAUGUAUAUAUGUACUUUGCCAGCUCUUUCGAUAGCAUUAAUGGCAAUCAUUCCUUGCGUGCCAGUUCUAUUUUUCAAUAUGCUUUUAUUCUUCUCUGCAUUGGCCAGUGCAACCGAUAUUAUUACACAUUCUCAGCCACUUGUUGAUGAUGGGAAAUCCACCUUGGUGUCUGGAGAUGGAAGAUUUGAACUGGGAUUUUUCAGCCCAGGUAGUUCCACAAACCGCUAUGUUGGACUUUGGUACAAAAACAUCCCAGUAACUGUUCUCUGGGUCGCCAACCGUGAGAAACCAGUCAAAGACAAGCUUGGCAUGUUGAGAAUAAACAAAGAGGGACAUCUUGAACUUGUCAGCCACAAUGAGACUCUUGUUUGGGUGGCAAACUCAACCACAAAGGCCUUGGAUAAUCCAAUCGUGCAGCUUUUAGGCUCUGGAAACUUGGUACUAAGAGACGAGAAAGACCAAAAUCCACAAAACUACUUGUGGCAAAGUUUUGAUUAUCUCUCUAAUGUUUUUUUGCCAGGAAUGAAGCUUGGAUGGGACCAGAGGACUGGUCUAAACCGGCAUCUAAUAGCAUGGAAGAACUGGGAUGACCCUUCUCCGGGAGAUUUCACAUGUGAACUCAUGCUUCACAAUUUCCCAGAAAUAGUUACUUGGCAAGGUCGAACAGAAUUUUACAGGAGUGGCCCUUGGAAUGGUGAUCACUUUGUUGAUACUCCUUCAUCAAUGAAGAUUUUACUUUAUAAUGCAACGUUUGUCUCCAACAAGGAUGAGGUGUACUACAUGUACAAACCCUUAAAUGAGUCAAUGACUUCUAUCAGAGUCUUGAACCAAACAAGAAACUCUCUGCAAAAUCUCAUGUGGAUUGAAGAGGAUCAAAGCUGGAAAUCUUUUGGUGAUGUUCCAAGAGAUAAUUGUGGAAGAUAUAAUCUUUGUGGUGCUUAUGGAAUCUGUGCUAUUGCUGACUCAACGUUAUGCCAAUGCUUGAGAGGAUUUGAGCCAAAAUCUCCCAAAAAUUGGGACGUCUAUGACUGGACAGGAGGGUGUGUUCGCAGUGAACCUUGGAGUUGUAAGGUGAAAGGAAAAGACAAUUUUCUUAAAUAUAAUAACCUUAAAUUACCAGAUACUACACAUACGUGGGUCAAUUCAAGUAUGACACUUGAGGAAUGCAAAGUCAAAUGUUGGGAAAAUUGUUCUUGUACUGCUUAUGCUAAUUCAGAUAUUAGAGAAGGAGGUAGUGGCUGUGCCAUGUGGUUUGGUGAUCUACUUGACUUGAAUCAAAUGUCAAAUGAUGCUGGUCAAGAUAUAUAUAUUCGCCUUGCUUCUACAGAUCAUAUAGCUAGCCAUGAAGGUAGUGCUAAUACGUACAAGAUAAAGGUAUCUUUGAUAACAGCUUUUGUUUUAGCACUUGGGAUGCUUUUAACCUUCCUCUAUAUAUAUAAGAGCAGAAGAAAGUCUAAAAAAAAUACUGAUGAAGUCCCAGAAGCAGAUAUGGAGCUUCCUCUCUAUGACUUUGCUAUAAUAGCUAGUGCUACACACAAUUUCUCAGAUGACAGUAAGCUUGGCCAAGGUGGUUUUGGACUGGUAUAUAAGGGUACAUUAGCUGAUGGUCAAGAAAUUGCUGUGAAGAGACUUUCACAGAAUUCUCACCAAGGAAUGAAAGAAUUCAGAAAUGAAGUUAUGUUGUGUGCCAAACUUCAGCAUCGGAAUCUUGUCAAAGUUCUUGGUUGUUGUAUUCAAGGAGAGGAGAGAAUGCUCGUUUAUGAAUACAUGCCUAAUAAGAGUUUAGAUUCAUUUAUUUUUGGUUCUCCUAUCCAAAGGAAAGGCUUAGAUUGGUCCAAGCGUUUCCAUAUUAUAUGUGGAAUUGCUCGAGGACUUAUGUAUCUUCAUCAAGAUUCUAGAUUACGAAUCAUUCAUAGAGAUUUGAAAACAAGUAAUAUAUUACUAGACAAUGAAUUAAAUCCAAAAAUAUCAGAUUUUGGUUUGGCAAAAACAUUUGGAAAAGAUGAAAAUCAAGAAAAUACAAGGAGAGUUAUUGGCACAUAUGGUUAUAUGGCACCUGAAUAUGCGAUCUAUGGAUUAUUCUCCAUGAAAUCUGAUGUGUUCAGCUUUGGAAUUUUACUACUUGAAAUAGUGAGUGGGAUGAAAAUUGGAGCAUUCUCGUUGUCAAAGCAGAGUGUUAACCUUAUUGGGCAUGCUUGGAGGUUGUGGAAGGAGGGAAUCCCACUUGAAUUGAUUGAUUCCCAUUUCGAAGAAUCUUGUAUUGAAUCAGAAGUACUACGGUGCAUCCAUGUCGGUCUUCUUUGUAUGCAAAACCAUCCUGAUGAUAGGCCAAACAUGACAUCUGUGGUUGUAAUGUUAAACAGCGAAGUUGACUUGCCUCCGCCUAAAGAGCCUGGUUUCCUCUUAGAAACGAUUCCAGUCAGAAGAGGAUCUUUUCUUGGCAAUCAUACUACAGUUUCAAUAAACGAAAUUUCUAUCACCCAGUUAGAUCCUAGAUGAGGGAUUGUUUUGCUUGGUUUUUUGUUCUUUUUUUUUUAAAUUGGUUUGCUUAGUUUUUAUUCUGUCGGAAUCCAUGGUACGAAAUCCUGUAUUAGCAAUUUAUAGCAAAGCAAGAUGAUGUUGAUUAUUAAAAAAACAAGUAGUACAGCUUUGUAUUGCUAUAUAUACGUUGUUCUCUUCCACA